CAAGCUUCCCAGGCAAUGCCGGCGCUCGGGACGCUCUCCGCCGGCGGCGCGUCCGCCGGCGUCGCGGGCCUGCUCCGCCUCCGCCGCGGCCCGGCCGUCGCCUCGCCGCUGCCGGCCGCCGCGCGCGCCGGCGCCGUGCACGACGGCGGCCAGCUCGUCUGGGGCCGCCAGCUCCGCCCCAACCUCCUCCUCCCCGCCGGCCUGCUCCCGUCCCAGCCCUCCAAGAGGCUGCCGCUCCGCCCGCCCGCCGCCUCCGCCUCCGACCCCGCCCCCGCCGGGGACACCAAGUCAGUAGGGCUCCUGGAGAAGUACCCUGCAAUCACCACCGGAUUCUUCUUCUUCAUGUGGUACUUCCUCAACGUCAUCUUCAACAUCCUCAACAAGAAGAUCUACAACUACUUCCCCUACCCAUACUUCGUGUCGGUGAUCCAUCUGCUCGUGGGUGUCGUGUACUGCCUCAUCAGCUGGGCCGUCGGUCUCCCGAAGCGUGCGCCUAUCAAUUCUACGCUCCUGAAGCUGCUCUUCCCGGUGGCUUUGUGCCAUGCUCUUGGUCAUGUCACAAGCAACGUGUCCUUUGCUACAGUUGCAGUCUCAUUUGCCCACACUAUUAAAGCUUUGGAGCCCUUCUUCAAUGCAGCUGCUACCCAGUUUGUCCUUGGGCAGACAGUUCCCUUGUCUCUCUGGCUAUCUCUUGCCCCCGUUGUGCUUGGUGUUUCAAUGGCAUCCCUCACCGAACUUUCAUUUAACUGGAAGGGUUUCAUUAAUGCCAUGAUCUCUAACAUCUCCUUCACUUACCGAAGCAUUUAUUCCAAGAAAGCCAUGACCGACAUGGAUAGCACCAACGUGUAUGCUUACAUCUCAAUAAUUGCUCUUAUCGUCUGCAUACCACCAGCAAUUAUUAUUGAAGGACCCCAACUUAUGCAGUAUGGAUUAAAUGAUGCAAUUGCAAAAGUAGGAAUGACAAAAUUUGUUUCAGACCUUUUCCUGGUCGGACUGUUCUACCAUCUCUACAACCAGCUUGCUACAAACACAUUGGAGCGGGUGGCCCCUCUGACGCAUGCUGUCGGUAAUGUGUUGAAAAGGGUGUUCGUCAUUGGUUUCUCGAUCAUCAUCUUUGGCAACAAAAUUACCACACAGACUGGUAUCGGGACGGUCGUUGCAAUAGCUGGUGUUGCCACCUACUCAUACAUCAAGGCUAAGAUCGAGGAGGAGAAAAGGGCGAAGAGCGCUUGAUGUGGUUGCUGUGAAUAUGGUCGGAUGGUUCUGGUGCUCGACUUGCACUGUGCAUUGGAGACAUGGAGGAGAACCGUAGAGUCUCCUCUUCGUUAUUUUGUUUUUGUUUUUGUUUUUAUCUGUGCAACUGUUCCCGGUCUAAGGUUGAGCAGCAACAAUGCAGAUGGUAUCCUUCAUAUUGUCACCGAGAGAGCUCAAAUGUGCAGGAAUAAACGCUCGUACUUGUAAAGGCUUUUUGUUGUGUGUGUGUGAUAUCCGAGCAUCUAUAUUCUUCUUUUUGGUUC